AUGGCUACUACGUUGAUGAAAAUAAGCAUGCAUACACUCUAUGAUGAUUUAAUGAGUCUUUGUUCUCAGGAUGAUGCUUUCUAUUACAAAGACAUUCGCUUACAUGCAAUAAAUUAUCGUAUAUUCAAUUAUCGUCUUUGCUCUUAUGGAAGAUUCAAAACUUGUACAGCAGCUUUGAAUUGUUGUGGAACAAUGUUCAACAUUACGAAUCCGAAAAAUGUACAGCUUGUUUCUUUACCACCAGAGAAAAUUUUCGAUUAUGAAGAAGGCUUUGGUCAAAAACAAUAUCAUGAACUUGGUCGAUUAGGAGAUAAAAUGGAGAAAAUGGAUGGAACAUUGAUAUCAACAUUUUUACAUGGAAGAACUUCGAAAGAACAAGUCCUUCGAAUUAAAUCAAAACAAUCUUUAACAUCAAAUCAAGUUCUGGAAGCAACGCAAUUACUCGUGGUUGAUUUUUUUAAAGAUGACUUCAAAUCCGAACUCGAAAAAUUGGUUCGUCUCAACUAUACCGUCAAUAUGGAAUAUACAUCGCCUUCCAAUCAUGUUUUCGUUUCCUAUAUAGAACCUCAACUCACUGUUCUAUCCAUUCGAUCACAUGCCGAUGGUCACACUUUGUUCGGUACUCGAUUGAAAAGAUUUCUUCUUGAAAAUCAUCUCUCUACAAUUCUUGAUCACCUCGUCUUCUUUGAAUCUAUCCCACCCGAUGUAACGCAUAAACAAUUACUUCAAGAUAUCUAUCAACAACCUUAUGGCGAAGGCUAUGUUGUUGAAAUUAUCCAACCUGAUCGACCAUCUUAUCUUGUCAAAACCAAAACAAAAAAAUAUUUUAUGGUUCAUGGAGAUGGUGGAAGCGUGAAUUCUCCAAGAUCAUUAUUCGAAGCUAUUAUUAACGAGAAUGCCGAUGAUUUGAAAGCUUUGUUUCAAGAUGAUACAGAAACAUUAAAGAGAAUCGACGAAAUGGAACAAAACAUAAGACCAAUAUACAAUCGAAUGAUUGAAUCGAUUGAACAAUUUCAUCAGACGAACAAACAUUUGCCGAAAAGAGAUUUCGUUCAAUCAAUCAAGAUGACAGAAAAUAUGAAGAUUUAUUUACCACUGUUGAUAAGAUUGUAUGAUGGCGAGAAAAAUGAUUAUAAAUGUUUCGCACUGAAACAUGCAAAAGAUCUGUUUGGCAUUGGCGGCACUGGAAACCAACCGACAACAAAAGUGAAUCAAGACAAGUUAGAAUGA